AUGGUUUCAAUUCUGUGGCUUGCCUUGAGCCUGAUCUCUGCCAGCGCUUCGCCAGUACUGGAGCAGCGAGCAGAUAACACGGCAAUUGUAAACCUUGCAGCGUCCCGUGGACCCUCAAAACAUGCUGCGUCUGGCUUUAUCUAUGACAAUACCAAUACCAGCAGUGUUUGGCCUGGUGACAACGGCAAAUGGGAUGACUACGACAAUUUUGUCCGCCAACUCUUGAAUGAUCUAUAUACAAACAAUGCCAUUAACGGUACAAAUUACGAGAUAUGGAAUGAACCUGACAUCAGUAUAUUUUGGAAGGGCAAAGGGGGCAUGCAGCAAUGGAUUGAUCUCUAUAUCCGGACUCAUAAGCUCAUUCGUUCAGAUUCAAGGUUCAACAGCAUGAAGAUUGUUGGUCCCAGCUUGGCCUAUCGCCCACAAGCGACGAAUGUGUGGUGGACACAAUGGUUGCGUCAAGUGGCUGGCAAUAACACGAUUCCCGACCAGUAUACCUAUCAUCUGGAAGGGAGUGAGACCGAUACCACCAAUGAUCCGAGUUACACAAAUGCGAGUCUUUCGGCACUUCUAAAGACAUAUAAUGCUCCGCAGAGACAGGUCAACGUCAACGAGUACGCUCAAUACAAAGAAAUGGUUCCUGGAUCGUAUAUUUGGUGGAUUGCCGGACUGGAACGCUUUGAUUUCAUCGGGUUGUUAGGAAAUUGGCAGGGCGGAACAGUUUUACAUGAUCUUUUUGCCAAUCUCAUCAAGUUUGCUAAAAGAGAACCCACAGCGAAGAAAGCCGACCCAAAGAAUUACGCAGCCACAGACUACGCACCAGCACCGGGCUAUUGGGUCUAUCGUUACUACGCCACUAAUAUGACUGGCCACAGAGCGACAAUUGAGAGAUCUGGUGAUACACACCUAGAUGUAUAUGCCACCAUCGGACAGGACCGCGUGCGACUAAUGGUUGGCACAAAGCUACAGAGCGGAACUUGCAUUUUGAGAUUUAUCAAGAAAGUCACAUUCGCCCUUAAGCAGACGGGAAGAUACGACUGCUUUAAGCUCAAAUGGCAUCCGAUUUAUGAUGACAAGUCCAUGUGGCCGGUUCCCUUUCACCUAUUCUGGGAUAGUGACGUCGCAAAAUGGAUUGAGAGCGCCUGUUACUUUCUCCAGAGGGAACAUGAUGCCAGUAUUGACCUUGCCGUCCGAGAAUUAGUUGACAUGAUACGCAGCGCUCAGCAAUCUGACGGAUAUAUCAACGUGCACUAUACAGUUGUUGAGCCCCAAAAGAGGUGGUCAAACCUUCGCGACAUGCACGAAUUGUACAAUGCAGGUCAUCUCAUUGAAGCGGCCCUCGCGCACCACAAGUGCUACCAAAACACUCGCCUCUUGGACCCCAUCCUCAAAUAUGUGUCCUUGAUUCAUAGCACAUUUGGGGGUGGCAAAAGUCAAUUGCAUGCAUAUCCCGGCCAUCCGGAGAUUGAGAUGGCUUUGCUAAGACUCUAUACGGUCACCAAGUCUCAAGAGGCCUACGAACUAGCUCAAUAUUUCCUUCAAGAGCGGGGAAAUCCGUCUGGCCAGCACGGAAUGCAUUACUUUGACUGGGAAGCCCAGCAAAGACAAGAAAAUCCGUACACUCGGCCCAACACGUAUCCCGAAAAGGAUUCUCACUGGUACUGCCAAGCUCACAAGCCUAUCUUGGAGCAGGAAACAAUCGAAGGACACUCUGUACGUGCAGUGUAUUUGCUCACAGCUAUGGCUGAUAUGGUCCAACUGCACCAUACAGGUUACAAGGCUUUGAGUAACCCUGAUGACUGGAUGGAAGCCGUAUGUCGAUUGUGGGCCAACAUGGUGAACAAGAAAAUGUACGUGACCGGCGGGAUUGGCGCAAUUAAACAAUGGGAGGGCUUUGGGUAUGAUUAUUUUCUACCCACCGGCACUAAUGAAGGCGGUUGCUACGCAGAGACGUGCGCCUCAAUUGGCGUCAUGAUGCUGGCAGAGAGAUUACUUUCUUUUGACCUCGACUCACGGUACUCAGACGUCAUGGAGCUGUGUCUUUACAAUAACAUAAUGAACGCAAUGAGUCUUGAUGGGAAACAAUUCACCUACGUUAACCAGCUAGCAAGCUCUGAUACUGAUAAGAGCAUACGCAAGGACUGGUUUUGGUGCGCAUGCUGUCCGCCCAAUUUGACUAGACUAUUUGGCAGCCUUGGAGGCUACAUCUGGCACGUUCAAGAGAGCGAAACAGGGGUUGCGAUAAAUAUCCAUCUCUACACGAGUGCUAAUCUGUCAUAUACCACGGCAUCGUUGGAAACAGUCACUUUGCAGCAGACUUCAAAUUGGCCGGGGGAUGGCCAUGUCGCUCUCGAGCUGUCUUCGGAAUCUCGGAACGUUACAAUUCGACUUCGUUUACCAUCUUGGUGCCAGGGACAAUUUAAAAUGACACCAGUCCCGGCUUCAGAUGACUUUGUAAUCGACAAAGGUUAUUUGACUUUGCGUCCUAGCUACACGAAUGUUAACAAAAGAUUUUCCAUCACCAUUGGAGGAUUUGAGCCGCGUUACAUCUCGCCGCACCCUUAUACGGGUCAGAACGUGCUUGGGAUCGCACGUGGUCCGAUCGUCUAUUGUAUGGAAGAUGUUGAUAACCCGUGGCAGCAUAAUCACUUCCGUGACGUUGCUCUCAAGAAAAGCGAGCCCAUAUCGGAAGAAGCAAAAUCCAUGCCGAACGGAGAGGUCUAUCUUGAGCUACGUACAAAAUGUUGGCUUGCGAAUGAGGAUGUGUCUGCGCGCAUUGAUGGGCCAAUAUUUGAUGCUUCGAUUGGCGAUGAUAAAUUAGAAAGGAGCGGCAUUUUUAUACCUUAUUAUUUAAGAGCCAACAGAGGUGGAAAUGGAGAGAUGCGGGUGUUGCUACGCCGAGAGGAAGAGUGA